AGAAAAAAAAAUAUCAGCGUUCUCUCUUUUGCUGUUUUUCUUUGUAUCUAUUUCGUUCUCUCACUAGAGCUGCCAUAGUCUCUAUUUGAACCGAAAGGAACAUCUCUUUUGAUUUUUUUACAUUGCCAGCGAGUGGCAUUUCAAGGAGUGUGGGAAGGGGUUUUAAAGGACCAAAAUGGCUGGGGUUUCAAGUGAAGAGUCAGGCGUGGGAAGGUCUUCGGAGUGGGGUUCCAGAUCAGGGGAAAUGUUGGUAGAGUGGCGGUCUUCUGAACAGGUCGAAAAUGGAACACCUUCGACCUCACCUCCUUACUGGGACUCUGAUGAUGAUGGUGGUGGUGGGCCGAAACCUCCUGAUUUAUAUGGAAAGUAUACAUGGAGGAUAGAGAAUUUUUCACGGAUUAAUGAAAGGGAACUUCGCAGCAAUGUGUUUGAAGUCGGUGGCUACAAGUGGUACAUUUUAAUUUAUCCACAAGGCUGUGAUGUUUGCAAUCAUCUCUCUCUGUUUCUCUGUGUUGCUAAUCAUGAGAAGCUGCUUCCAGGAUGGAAUCAUUUCGCACAAUUUACAAUAGCUUUCGUGAAUAAAGAUCCAAAGAAAUCAAAAUAUUCGGAUACUUUACAUCGAUUCUGGAAGAAGGAGCAUGAUUGGGGCUGGAAAAAGUUUAUGGAGCUGUCAAAAGUUCAUGAUGGGUUCAUAGAAUCUGACACACUUAUCAUAAAAGCUCAAGUUCAAGUCAUCAAGGAGAAAGCUGACCGUCCUUUCCGUUGCCUUGAUUGUCAGUAUCGGAGAGAGCUUGUCAGAGUAUAUUUGACUAAUGUGGAGCAAAUCUGUCGCCGUUUUUUGGAUGAGAGACAGCAAAUGCUAGGGAAGUUGAUAGAGGACAAAGUUAGGUGGUCAAGCUUCUGUGCUUUUUGGUUGGCGAUUGACCAGAAUGCCCGGCAUCGAAUGUCCAGGGAGAAAACUGAUGUCAUUUUGAAAGUAGUUGUGAAGCACUUUUUUAUAGAGAAAGAAGUAACAUCUACGUUGGUAAUGGAUUCACUUUAUAGCGGGCUGAAGGCUCUAGAAGCCCAGAGCAAGAGCAAGAAAGCAAAGUCAAAAUUGUUGGAUGCUGAAGAAAUGCCAGCUCCAAUUGUUCAUGUGGAAAAAGAUAUGUUUUUGUUAGUGGAUGAUGUGCUAUUACUCCUAGAAAGGGCUGCUUUGGAACCACUACCUCCAAAAGAGGAGAAAGGUCCUCAGAACCGAACAAAGGAUGGAAAUUCUGGAGAGGAUCUCAACACGGAUUUAAUUGAGUGUGAUGAACGGCGUCUUACGGAAUUAGGUCGCAGGACAGUGGAAAUAUUUGUUCUUGCUCAUAUUUUCAGCAACAAUAUAGAAGUUGCCUAUCAGGAGACUAUUGCUUUGAAAAGGCAAGAAGAACUAAUCCGUGAAGAAGCUGCAUGGCUUGCUGACAGUGAGCAGAAGGCUAAACAAGGCGCAUCUGAGAAGGAGAAAAAGUCCAAGAAAAAACAGGCUAAGCAAAAGAGAAAUAAUCGAAAAAGCAAAGAUAAGGGAAGGGAGGAGAAGGCUAUUGUGGCAGCACAGGAAAAGCAACAAGAAGUACUUGAUGAUGAAAAGGGGGCCCCUAUGAUGGUGAAGCAGCCAGUGCCUGAAAAGCCUGAUGUUCUAGGCGAUGUUUCUGAUGUUUCCGACUCGGUUGAUGGUGCCACUGAGGUUCUUCAGCCUGACUCAGAAGACAAAGAUUCUAGUCCUGUUAAUUGUGAUACAGAUACAUCAGAAAUUCAUCUACCCACAGAAUCUGGUGGCAGUGGCAUAAGUGGACUAUCAUGUGUGCAAAAUGUAGUAACUGAUAAGAGGAGCCCAUCUAUGACGGAUGAUAGUUCAUCAACAUGUCUAACAGACUCGGUACCAUCAGUGGUAAUGAAUGGGCCCUAUAAAGGGAACGCAUCUUCAAAGAACCACAAUAAAAAAUCACCGAGCAGAGGAAAGAAUCAGCGAAGUAAAUCAUCAAGUGACGGCAAUAAUCAGAUUACAGAAUCUGGUAACCAGUCUUGUCCUGCAUUAGAUGCUGGGGACCAGAAUGAAGUUUCCGAAAGUAUUAAGGCCAGUGAAUCCGAGUCUGAGGCUGCUGUUCCUUCAUUGUCGGAUCAGACAAAGUGGGUUAAGCAGGAUAUUGUUAAGAAGGAUGUUGUUUUGCUACAAAAGAAACCAAGCAUCCCAGAUGCGGUUGAUUUAGAAAGAUCAAAAGAGAAGAUUGCUGCUAAGCCAUCCUCUCCACGAAGCCCUCCCAGAAAUCCGCCACCUUCUGCUCAGUUCAGGUCUGAAUACAGGAGUACGAGCAGUUUAGGUUCGAUUCCAGUUAGGAAGAUAUCGUCAAACAUCUUGCAACAGAGUGAUCAACCUGCAUCUUCGACUACAUUCCAAAUGAAUGGUACGUUAAAAUCCGAGACUCAGAAGGCUGCAACAUUAAGACUGACUGAAAGACCUAUAACCCCACAAGAGUCUGUAAUGCCAAGGCCUCCGAGUGCUCUAAUCCCUGGUCCUAGGCCAGCUGCUCCUGUUGUUUCUAUCGGUCAAACAUCUCCUUUUCAAGCUCGUUCAGCUAGUGCAAUUGUCUCUUUAGGUCCCGAGCCAUCAGCGGCUACUAGUUAUGUUCCUCAAUCUUACAGAAAUGCCAUGAUGGGUAAUCACGUGGCUUCUAGUUCAUCUGGUUUUACUCAUCCGAUCUCCCCAAGAUCAGGAGUCAACACUUUGCCGGUAUACUUGCAACCACCUGCCUUGGGAUCUGCACCAGUGUAUAUACCCCAGAGCUCCGAAGGGAUGGAGUCGAAUUCUGUACAAUCAGGCUUUCCUUUUGGCAUGGUAGAUCAGGAUAUCCUGUUGAAUGCUUCCCAGUGGAUGGACAAUUCUCAAAGAAAUGGCAGUAGAAAUAGGGACUCUGAUCCUUCUCCAUUGCUUAGUGAGAUCCAAAAUAUUGAUUUGUUUAAGCCUAUGUGUAAUGGAUCCCGGGAACACUUCACGAAUGAGUUUCCAGCCCGUACAUCUGGACGUCAGACCCAAGGUGUUUUGGCAGAUGAGUUUCCACAUCUUGAUAUCAUCAACGAGUUACUUGACGAUGAACACCAUGUUGGGAGCACAGGGCGGGCAGGAACGGCCUUCCAUGCUCUUGACAAUGGGUCACACUUACUAACCCGCCAUGUUUCUUUUCCAUCCAGUUCGGGCAUGUCGGGUGAGAUGGGAUCUUCAUGUGGCUCAUGCAGGUUUGAGGGAGCACAAAGUUACCAUGCUGAUGGGUUCCAACGAAGUUUCAGUGGUUCAUCGUGCAAACAUUUCGAUACACUGAGGGAAUAUACUCCACAGUCGAACCACCAACCUUGUGCAACUGGACAACUCGAUGGAUCGGCCCAAACUCAAUGGCCAAUGACUUCUUCCAAUCUAUCUUUAAUUCAGAUGGGGAAUGCAGAACCUGAUGGUUACCCGUAUUAUUCGAAAUCGUCAUGUGGUGUCGACGGGUACACGUUGGUAUUCCGACCUUCAAAUGGACACUGAAUUCGGUAAUCAAUUCAACAGCAAAUUUGACGGUUACGAAUCCGAUGUAAUAAUGUGCGAGUUUGUGUAAUCUUUUCAUAAGAGAAAAACGUUGUGUAAAGAUUGUUAUUGCGCUCAUUGCAUCAAGCAUUUCUAGUUUAAUUA